GGACUCUCUCACCGUUGAAACGGUUGCAAGCAGUGGCGUUGGGCCUGUCGACGCCCGAUUUUGUCGCCGCUUUCUCUGCCUGGAUUUAGACCUGAGGAGAGAAGCUGAUGCGGACCUGUCGGUAAUCAGCAGCUCGCUCGGGAAGAAUGAUAACGAAUGAUGGCGCAUUCGUCUCUCUACAACCAAAUGGCUGACCCAUUUGCGUCCGGCUCGGGCGAGGCUGGGCAGACUCCCAAUUUUCAGCAAAUAACGCCCUUUUCGGAAUGGUGUCCCCCUGUCCGCGCAACUGACCCCCCCGCCUUGGCGCCUUCCCAGCUGCCCCCCUCGCGCAACAGCUGGCUGUUCAAACACUGCCCAGAGGCCUGCGUCGGCGAUGAUGAAGUCAAGGCCAUCCUCGCCGACGAGCUCGGCGUUAAGGGUAGCGCCCGGCUCGCGCCUCCUGCCGAGAGCUCGGCCUGCCUCAUGGCCGUCGGCGAGAUCUCAGACACUAGACACUCGGGCAAGGCCACAGGCCAUGCGGCGCUGGCUUUUGCCUCGGGCGAGUCGGGCAACGUGCUUUGUCUGCUCGGCAUGUCCCACGAGGACCGGUCCUGGGCUGAGGAGCAUGUCACAGUGCAUCUAAAUACCCCCGACACGCGCCUCGACGGCGAGUGGUGCCAGGACAGCGCGCCCAUCUCCUUGGUCAAGUUUGCCUCUGAUCCCGAUGCGAAGACCCCGAUCCGCUGGCUUCUUGUCCAAAAGGCGGCUUCGACGACCAUCUGCGCCCCAGAGCUCAGAGAACUUCCCUCGAGACAUGGAGAGCCGGCCGGGAAGGCGGCAGGGGGCGCUGGGCUGGCGCAGAUAUUUGUAAACCCGCUAGCCACCAUACGCUGUGAACAGACUGGAGGCUUCUCGCACUCUGAUCUCGCUUUCAGCCCCUCCUUCGGCGAGGAUGCACCUCAACUCGCCAUAAUCGACACGGCCGGCUGCUGGAGCGUGUGGGACAUUACCAGCCACCGCUCUGCUGGCCGGCUCAAGUCGCUGAACCCGGUCGUGAGAAUGUGUGGCAGCAUCUCGCUAGGCUCCAUUCCCGACUUUCCCGCAAUAACCGAAAGCACAAGUGAUCGAGACCCACAUAGAAUAGCGUGGCUACUGCUGGAUGCGCAUGAACGUCGCUCCAAAAGUCGGUCUAGAAGUCGCAAAGAGAGUCGCGCGAGAAGCCGCAAAGACAGCUACUCGAGAAGUCGCAGAGGAAGCUCGUCGAAGCAGCCAAGCGGGUCAGUCGAAAUCACGAGCCCGCCUUCUCCGUCGCGGCUGCUUCUCAUGAGCACAACCAAUGCCUUGUCUCUGUUCGAUGUCGACACCGGCAGGUUUCGGUCUGUUUCCCGCAAGGUCCUGUCGGAGAACCAGCAGAUUCUCGACGUGGCCCCGUCCUUGCUGGACCGCUCUCAGGCGUUCAUCCUCACCGAGUCCAGCGUGGUGUGGGUGGCGACGCGGGAACACAGCAGUGGCAAGUUGACUCUCGACGUUCUUGCCUCUUGCCCCCACGAGAAGGACAACACAGACCCGGAGCUCAAGCUUAAUGUGUCUCCUGGCGCCUACGUUAACGGCCGCGAAGCGUGUUUCGUCUGCGUCCGCUCGACCAGAGACUCCCGGAUGGCCGUCAUCUGGUGUAUACCGCCCGAGCCUGGCGCGGCAGCCCAGUGCCACCGCGAGCUGGUUUCGCUGAAUGUCUCGUUCAAUUUCGUGGGCAUGGACAUGCUCCUGGUCUCUCGCAGGACAGGCGCAGGCAAGACGGAGGCGCCUCGGCGCAACGCCCUGACCGAGGCGAAACCAAGAUUUUUCCAGAUCCUGACCAUGGGGCCCGACCUGGCCGUCCACAGCUCGCUCUGCGCCUGGCUGGACGGCCCCGACCUCCGUCUGGAGCCUCCUGACACACUCGUCGAUCGGACAGAAGCUGAAGGCGAGAGGGUGAAGCCCCCAAAGCGUCCCGGCGACGCCUUUGCGGUCCCGGACGGGUUUGACGACGGCGUCAGUCCGCAGCCUGCCGGCGAAGAGCCGGCGCAGGAUGACUCCGGGGAAACCGCUACUCUGGAGCUAUGGCCUCUGCCGGCAUACAGGGCCGACAGAGGGCGUUCGAGGCCUAAACUCGGAGCCUUGGGUGACGCCAUCGACGACGCCGUCGAACGGGAGAGGAGGGACGGGUACAUGCCCAGGCGCUCGCUGCUUGACCUGGUAGGGCGCGGACGGACGGUCGAGGAGCUCGCGCAGCUCUCGACAGACUGGACAACGCAUCAGAGAAGCCUAAUCCAGGAUGCCGCCGGAUGGCUCGAGGUGCCAGCAGCCGCAGCCCGCUCACCCGGCCCCAACCUGGACGCCGUCUACAAGGACCUCAAGAACAUGUUCCACCCGCUGCAGCGCACAUCCAAGCUCGGGAAAGCCGCCGAGCGGCAGCGAGCCGCCCUGGAGCGCAUGACCGCCGAGCUGUUCCUCGCCAAGAUCGGCAUCGCGACCCCGCCGCACCAGGCCAAGUCCACCGACAGACACUCAUCGCAAAUUCCCGCCUCAAGCCCCCCCCUGCCCUUCCGCAGCUCGCCACCGCUCCCACUGCCGCAGUCGUCGCCGCCCACGGCCCUGGACGACGGAGAUGACGUCGACGACGAGGUAGUCCUCCGGCUGCGCAAGUACGCCACCGUCGGGCCGAGCGUAAUAACAAGCGACUUCCGCGACAACCCGGUGCUGGCGCACUGGCGCGUCGGCGAAGCCUCAGGCGACGAGACUUCCCACUGGAUCUCCGGCGAGAACGAGGAGGAGCUCGAGCAGGCGGCCAAGCAGCGCCGCAAGAUGGACACGCGCCGCCGCCGCGCCGAGAAGCACGCCGCCAAGGCCGCCGCCUACGGUACUACCGGCCUCGACUACCGCCCUGUCAUGUCCAUGCCGACCGCCAUCAUGUCCAGCCAGCCGCGGCGCGUGUCGGCGGCCGGUUUCUCGCAGAUCCGCUCGUCGCAGGUCGUCCGCUCGCAGGUCGUGCCUGGUGCGUUUGGCGGCCGCACGCUGCUGCAGGCGCGAAAGCCAAAGGUCAAGGAGGGGUUCAGGUAGCGUGAAGGUGGCGUUGCUUGUCUGGUGGGGUGGUUAAGGGGUACUGCUUCGGCAGCAGGCACGGUUUCUGAAUGCAGCAUUUUUGUACAGCAUGGAUGUGUGUAAUUGGCGAUUUGCGCUUAGUUCAGGCAGGCAGGCAUCCAUUAGCAUCCAUCCAUUGGCAGGCAUGGCAUAGGCAUAGACAUGGCGUAAUUUCAGAAUACCUUACUGAGGCGGAAGCAAUACAAAAGCAAUCCAUGCUGAGAUGUACAGUAUAUACGUCCAUGGAUAGGUACUUUCUUUCGUCUACUCUUGCAAGCGGCGAAUACUGCACACUCACUAGUAAAAUACUCUACCUCAACGGCCCUUUGUCUUUCUUUCUUUCUUCUUUCUUUCUUG